UAUUUAUAGAAAUCUUUGACUAUUGGGCGCUUUUUACUUGAUUUCAAGCAUUUAAAUCACUGAGAUGCUUCCUGAAAAACAGAAUUACAAAAUAUUUCCAUUUAAUUUGCAAAACAGAAUUUUGCAAUACAAUUAAGUGGAGACGUAGAGAACUAAAUAGCUUUCUGGAUUUAAAAAAAAGCAGAAGAAUCUUCAUCAUGGCGUCAGUGACAUCAAUACUGAUGCUGAUUUUAUCACUGAUACCAGCCAUAUCAGCUGUAGAGACAGAUGAUUGGGAAGAUACAACAGAUAUAAGUACUAUUACUAUAGCAACUGUUGUGUGUAUUUCACUGCUGGUAAUUGUGUUUAUUAUCUCACUAUGUGGUGGUUGCACUCCUAUGGAGGUAGGGAGUGAUGACCAUGCUGCCGCAGGGGGACGUAAAUCUAAUACACAAUACAGUAGUGUUGCUACUGACGUAAACACUCAUGUUAUGUCAUCUGGAACAACUCUUCCUAAUGACCCUUACAUGCCCAACGAACAAGCACUUCCAUACGCAUUACAUCCACAAACUGCUCAAAACUUCACUGGAUAUCAGGCACAAGGGAACCAGUCUAGUACCCCUGGUUAUAACGCGCAACAGGGGAACCAGAUAGCUGGUGCCAAUAGACAUUUCUCCGAGUCAGAGCCGCCACCGCCAAAUUAUUUUGAAGCUGUGCAGUCUGGAACACCAGGACAGGGUGGACAGCCCAGUGCACCAGCUCAGCAAUAUGGCUGGUGAAACAGGGUUGAACUGUUGAGUUAAAUAAAAUGUCUGUCAGUAGAUAUUUUGGUUUCCUUAAUUUGUUCCAAUAUUUGAUUUACAUAUUUAUUUUAUCCUGUGAUACUUAAAAAUACUUAAAAUACAAUAUUAUUUUAGACAAUUUAUUUAGUUGUGAAAGCAAAUGCAUAAUACAUGUACCUCUUGUGAUUGAUAAAAUGCUACCAAUAUUGUGGUGUUUUUAUGCCACCGCAGUUUACUGUGAUGCGGUGGCAAAUAGCCAGAAUUGCUAAGAAUUUAAAUCCAUACAGAAAUCUGGUUGACAUGUCAACCAAAAGAAAUUAUAUGAAAAAAAUAAAAAAUAAAACUACUUAUUUUUUGUGUGUGAAAAAUUCAUGCACUCGUUAUAAGAAGUUGUUUCUCAAGUUCAAUUUGACAUGUUAAAAAAUUCUAAUUCAGUUAAAAAUAUGAUUAAGUUUUUCUAGUAAAUAGUUUUAAAAUGUUGUAAAUACUUUUUGCAAACACUUUUGUAAGGCUACUUGUUAUCAAAAAUUUACUGAUAUUUAUACAUGUAUAUCUUAUUUUAGAAAAUAUUUAUGAGAAUAAGUUAACAGUAUCUGUAAAUGGUUGUGAUCUUUAUAUAGUUUUAUCAAUCUCCCUUUCUCUUUUCAAUAUAAAAAUAGAUUCACUUGUAAUGUUUGAAACAUACAUAUCUAGCUAAUGCCAACCUUACUUUUUAAAAUAUUUGAGUUUAAAAAUUGAACCAUAUAGUUUAUUGAUAUUGACCCUUUUUUGAUCCAGGUGUUAUUGUUUUUUGUAUAUUAUUGUAUUGUUAUUCCUGAAUUUUAGCUCAAGAUCAGUUAGUUUCUUUGCAAAUCAUCAUAUUUUUUUAGCUCACAUGUCACAAAGUGACAUGGUGAGCUUUUGUGAUCGCUUUUCGUUCGGGGUCUGGCCGUUGUCCGUCCGUAAACUUUUACUUUAAACAACAUCUCCUCAUAAACCGCUAAGCCAAUUUCAUCCAAUCUUCACAGAAAUGUUCCUUUGGUAGUCAUCUUUAAAAAUUGUUCAAAGAAUUUAAUUCCAAGCAGAACUCUGGUUGGAUGGCAACCAAAAGAAAAAAAUUCGAAUAUCUUCUUUCAGAAAACCGAAAGAGCUAGAGCUUAAGUAUUUGACAGGAAACAUCAUCUAGUCAGUGUCUACCAAGUUUGUUCAAAUAAAUACCCUGGGGUAAAAAUUGGCCCCUCCCCAGGCGGUCAUUGAUUUUCCUUAUUUGUAUAUAAAACCUUCUUUUAAAAAACCAGAAUAACUAGAGCUUAGAUAUAAAGCAUGAAUCAUCUUCUUGUGGUUGUCUACCAAGUUUGUUCAAAUGAAAGCCCUGGAGAAAAAAUUGGCCCAACUCCAGGGGGUCAUUGUUUUUCCCUUUAUGUACAUGUAUAUAAUAGAAA